AUGAGAGAAGUUAUUAGUAUUAAUGGUAUGUUGAAGGUUUAUAAACUAAAAAUUAAGGAAUUGAUCUGACGUGAUACACGUCGAGUUUGACGAUGGAUUUGAAGAAAAUAGGAUCUGAGUGGCAUAAAUGGACAUAUUACUAACACCUGUGUAGUUGGGCAAGCCGGUUGUCAGAUUGGUAAUGCUUGUUGGGAAUUAUACUCCAAGGAACACGGAAUUAGACCGGAUGGGUACUUAGAAGAUUCAUUAGACAGCAGACCAAAAGGAGGAGAAGAAGGAUUUUCGACCUUUUUCAGUGAAACUGGGUCAGGUAAGUACGUUCCUCGUGCAUUGUACGUUGAUUUGGAACCAAAUGUGAUAGACGAGGUCCGUACGGGUGCUUACAAGGACUUAUUCCACCCAGAACAGUUGAUUGCCGGUAAAGAAGACGCGGCCAACAACUAUGCCAGAGGUCAUUAUACAGUUGGAAGAGAAAUGUUAGAUGACAUUUUGGAUAGAGUUAGAAGGAUGUCUGACCAAUGUGAUGGUUUACAAGGAUUCCUUUUCACCCAUUCUUUAGGUGGGGGUACUGGUUCUGGUUUGGGAUCGUUAUUAUUGGAACAAUUAUCUAUUGAUUAUGGUAAGAAAUCCAAGUUAGAAUUCGCCGUCUAUCCAGCUCCACAGGUUUCCACUUCUGUGGUUGAGCCAUACAAUACUGUUUUAACCACUCACACCACCUUGGAACACGCCGACUGUACUUUCAUGGUUGACAACGAAGCUAUCUACGAUAUGUGUCGUCGUAACCUUGAUAUUGCCAGACCAAACUUUGAUUCAUUGAACAGCUUAAUCGCCCAAGUUGUUUCCUCGGUCACAGCCUCAUUAAGAUUUGACGGUUCCUUGAAUGUUGAUUUGAACGAAUUCCAAACAAACUUGGUCCCAUACCCAAGGAUCCAUUUCCCAUUGGUCUCGUACGCUCCAGUGUUCUCCAAGAAUAGAGCUAACCACGAAUCUAACUCGGUGUCGGAAAUCACCUCAUCGUGUUUCGAACCAGGUAAUCAAAUGGUCAAGUGCGACCCAAGAACCGGUAAAUACAUGGCUACCUGUUUGUUAUACCGUGGUGAUGUCGUUACUAGAGAUGUACAAAACUCGGUCGCCCAAAUCAAGGCUAAGACGACUGUUCAAAUGGUUGACUGGUGUCCUACUGGUUUCAAGAUUGGUAUCUGUUACCAACCUCCAACCGCCAUUCCAGGUUCAGAAUUAG